AUGGCGAACAACAACAACAGCCCAAUAGCCAUUACAGGCCUGGCAUGCCGGUUUCCAGGUGAUGGGAAGAACUUGAGUCAGUUCUGGGAUUCAUUAUGCAAUGGAAAAUCCGCGUGGACACCAAUUCCCAAGACCAGGUUCAGCCCCGAUGCACUUUCCGCAUCCAUUCCUCAGGGCGGUCAUUUUUUGCAAGAAGACAUCUCGCUUUUUGAUUCAAAUUUCUUUCGCAUUCCCCGCACAGAGGCUCGUGCCAUGGAUCCCCAACAACGACUCAUGCUGGAGGUCGUCUAUGAAGCCCUCGAGGCCGGCGGAUAUCCAUUAGAGGGUCUGGCAGGUACUGCCACGGGUGUCUAUAUGGGCCAAUUCACGAGUGACUACAAGGAACUCGUGUGUCGAGACGCUGAGUCAGCGAUUCCGUUUUCCGUAACUGGACUACAGACGACUUCACUAUCAAAUCGGAUAUCUUGGCUCUUCGACUUGAAAGGGCCAAGCCUGACAAUGGACACGGCCUGUUCAUCUAGUUUGGUGGCACUUCACCUUGCAUGCCAGAGUCUGCGAGCCGGGGAGUCACAGAUGGCAAUUGUCGGUGGUUGCAAUUUGAUGAUCAGCCCAGACAUGUUCAUGUUCGAGGCUGGGCAGGGCUUUCUCUCUCCGGACGGGAAGUGCAAGACUUUUGAUCAGUCAGCGAACGGGUACGGACGUGGUGAAGGAUUUGCAGCGGUUAUUGUCAAACCGCUGGAUCUCGCCAUUGCUGACGGAGACCCAAUCCGCGCAGUAAUCCGUGGGACAGCGGCGAACCAAGACGGCAAAACCAAGGGCUUCACACAGCCUAGCUCAGAAGCACAGGCGAGUUUAAUAUCCAGCGUCUAUCGUUCGGCUGGCUUGAAAUUCGAUGGAACUGGAUAUGUUGAGGCACAUGGAACCGGUACACAGGCCGGAGACUUUGAGGAGACCACGGCAUUGGCCAAGACCAUUGCAGCAACAUGCUCCCAGGGCAAGAAGCUGAUCGUGGGAUCAGUGAAGCCCAAUAUUGGUCAUCUAGAGGCAGCUGCUGGACUCGCGGGCGUGAUGAAGAGUGUGAUGAUGCUGGAAACAGGCAUGAUCCCUCCGAAUCUUUACUACAACAAUCCCAACCCAAAGAUCAGGUUCGAUGAUCAUCAUCUCCAGGUCCCCACUGCAGUAAUGCCGUGGCCGAACGAGGGCCUUCGUCGCAUCAGCGUCAACUCGUUCGGAUACGGAGGAUCGAAUGCCCAUGUCAUUCUUGACGACGCAUACAGCUACCUUGACCAACACCGGUUGCGCGGUCAUCACAUCACUAAGUUCACCCAGCUGAACGGUACCUCCGACACUUGGGAUAAGCCAAGUUCAUCCUUCUGCCGUGUCUUCCCCAUCAGUUCUCAUGAUAAAGAUGGGCUCGGGAGAGUCAAGCGCGCCUUAGCAAAAUAUCUGGCAGUCAAAUCUAAUCAAUUGAGAAGUAUGAGGGACAGAAGCAGCUUUCUCGACGAUCUGGCUUUUACCCUCAGUGACAGGCGUUCGAAUUUGCAGUGGAAGGCGUAUUUCAUUGCUUCGUCACUCGAAGACUUGUUGGCUGCUUUGGCCGCGGACAACACGACGUUACCAACACGUCCGUCUUCACGCAAACCUCGGCUGGGUUUCGUCUUCACCGGCCAAGGCGCCCAAUGGGCCGGCAUGGGCAUGGAUCUCAUGCAAUACCGUGUCUUCAGAGACAGCAUCGAGGCUGCGGACCGCUAUUUGCAGCACGAGUUAGGCUGUACGUGGUCUGCCUGCGAAGAACUGAAGAAGGGAAAGUCAACUUCCAGGCUCCGAAUGCCGCAAUACAGCCAAGGGCUUUGUACUGUACUUCAAGUCGGUCUUGUGGAACUCCUUGAAUCAUGGGGCAUCAGACCAGUGGCUGUCGUCGGACAUUCGAGCGGAGAAAUCGCGGCUGCGUACUGCCAAGGUUCCAUCUCUCGAGAGGAUGCUUGGAGAGUGGCAUACUUCCGCGGAGUGGUAUCUUCCAAGCUCAAGACUUGUGGAAUUGAUGGUUCGAUGAUGGCAGUUGGGAUAUCUCCCGAAGGCGCUGGCGAGCUAAUCCAACAACUGGCCCCGAAGAAAGUUCACCUCGCCUGUGUGAACUCCCCAGCAAGCGUCACUUUGUCGGGUGACGCAGACGCCAUCGACGUGGUCUACGACGCCCUCCGGGAGAGAGGAGUCUUCGUUCGUAAGCUGCAGGUGGACGUCGCCUACCACUCACCUCACAUGCAGCUUGUCGCCCGGGACUACUGGAAGACCAUCGCUGACGUGUCGACCAAGUUCUCCUCAGGAACAUGCAACAUGUAUUCCAGCGUCACCAGGGAAUUGGUCCAACCAGGAGAAAUCGUGCCCGCAUAUUGGGUCAGAAAUCUGGUAUCUCCUGUCCAGUUCGCCACAGCAGUACAGCAACUCGUGACCAAUGAGAAGUCUCUAGAUCUUCUAAUCGAGGUCGGACCCCACGCCGCAUUGCAAGGACCAUCCACCCAGAGUUUGCAGAACAUUGGCAUUACCGAUUUGCCGUAUCACUCAGUUCUUUUGAGAAAUCAAAGCGGAGUCGAAACGGCUUUGAACCUCGCUGGCUCGCUGUCUGCCCAGGGGUACCCAGUGCGCUUCCAAGAGUUCAAUCACACAAAGAGGAGAACGCCACAGCCGCUUGUCGAUCUGCCAGCUUACCCUUGGAAUCACUCACAAAGCCACUGGGCUGAGACACGGGUAGCGAAAGAGUACAGAUUGCGAUCCUUGCCGUACAAUAGCCUUUUGGGAGCACUGACUCCAGGGUUUGUCACUGGUGAGCGUGUCUGGACACAUCGUAUUCGAUUGUCCAAGCAGACAUGGAUUCAAGACCACAAGAUCCAGGGAACCGUCUUCUACCCUGCGGCGGGGUUCAUUGCCUCAGCCAUCGAAGCUGCCCUCUUGAGUUCUGAUGCUUCCCGGGCAGCGGCAAGCUUCCGUCUACGAAACAUCCAUCUGAACGCCGCCUUGGGUAUCGAUGAGGGCGAGGAAGUGGAGUACUCAGUCUCUCUGAGACCAUGUCUGUCCGACACUCAGGAGACAUCGUUGUGGAAUGAGUUCAACAUCGCAAGCUGUCGAGGCGAUGGGGCACUGGUUAGACACUGCUCUGGUCUUGUGAUGGUCGAAUACGACUCGUCCAUCGCUCGUGAAAUGGAAGAGCAGUUGACGCUCGGGAAUGGAGAGAUGACCGAUGCCAACCUGUCUGCAGUCGAUGAUGACAUUUUUUACAAAUCUCUGUCAGAUGUGGGUUUCCACUACGGACCUAGCUUUCAGAACGCGACAGAUAUUCGGGCUGGUGCAGGCCGGGGCUACGGUACCAUCCACAUCCCUGAUUUAGGGUUAGACAUGACGCCGAGGCCUCAUGUCAUUCAUCCCGCGACCCUGGAUGCUAUCUUCCACUUGAUCUUCGGAGCCCUUACAGGGAGUCCGGAUGGGAUGACGCAACUAAUGGUGCCAAAAACGAUCGACGAGGUUGUGAUAGCAGCCAACAUUCCUUAUCAAGCCGGCACGCAGUUGAAAGGAUUCUCGGAUAUCACCAGCCGUGGAUUCAGGGAAGUAAUCGCUGAAUUGAUCAUCGGCGAUGGCCCUGCGAACACUCCAGCCGUCAAGAUAUCAGGCCUAUGCCUGCAAGAGGUUGGAGGUCACACUGAAAGCCUCGAUGCCCAGUCUGCUCGAAACAUUUGUAGCUCACUUUUUUGGAAGCCCUCGAUCAACUUUUUGCCAUACCAGGACCAAGAAAAAGUCAUCAAGGAGGUUUGUGCAAAGCCACGUGUCGACCUCCAGAAGACUGAUUUUGCGGAAUCAACCGAGGCUCAAGCCUCAGUGCAGACGUAUCAAGCCCUCUCGGAGCUCAUCAAGUUGUUGCACCACUGCAAUCCCAGCUUGUCAAUUUCUGAGGCUUUCACCCUGAGCACAACUCGACCAAUUCUUUCGCAUCUACCCGAUCUUGUCGAUGUUUUGAAGACAGCCAAUUGCACAAUUUGGUGUGCCGAUGAACUUGCAAGACAAGUUGCCGAGGAAAAUUGUCACGAGUCCAAAGAUAUCCAGAUCGAAUUGCAGAAUCUAUCUCAGUCAAUUCCUCAAACCGGAGCACCGUUGCCGACCACCGAUUUGAUCAUCAUGAACCUCGACUCAAACAAUUCAGGUGACCUGGAACGACUGGUACGGAACGCCAAAGAAUUGCUGGUGAACGAUGGACGAUUAUGCUUGAUUGCGCCAGACAAAGAAUCCGAAAUUGCUAAGACAAGGCUCAGGUCUUUCGGGCUCUCCAACUGGUUUAAGAUCAGCGACUUCGAGGAUGCUGAAGGUAAACAACAGGCUCUUCUCCUGGGCUCCAAAUCCGCCAACCUAGCAAACGGCCAUACGAGUCCUCAACAUGACGAUGAAAUUGUCAUUAUCCAGGGAGCUGCUCCAUCUCAAGCAGCUAAAGACCUCUCUGAUCAACUACUGAAGUGCCUGACUGGUCGUGGACACACAGCAUUCUCGGUGCCAUGGGACGGCAACACGCAAUCCUGGACGGGAAAACCGUGCAUUUCACUCCUGGAAGUGGACCGUACCAUCAUGGACGACCCGACAGAGACGGACUUUGAGCGCAUCAAGAACUUGAUUUUGGAGACGACUAAGACUCUUUGGGUCUCGGGACAAAGCGACCCCUCGAGUGCAAUAGUUACCGGGCUAGGGCGCACUGUACGCAAUGAGGAACCGGGUCUCGCCUUCCACACACUGCAGUUUGAUCUUGCGAACUCUCAAGAUCUGAACAAAAUAGCCGAUCUCAUCCUGCGUGCUUUCAUUGACGGCAGCGAAGACAAUGAGUACAUGAUCGACAACGGUGUCAUACAUGUCAGUCGAGUCCUCGAGGACGAUGCCACGAAUGACAAGCUGCAUCUGCUGGAUCCCUUGCAUAACAAGACCAUCAGCACCGCUGUCAUUGGCCAAUCUGACCAGCCCUUGAAGCUUUCGAUUCAAAAUGCUGGUAUGCUAAGCUCUGUUUGCUUUGACAAGGAUCUUGGUACCCCCAGCACCAGUCUCGAGGAGGAUGAGUUAGAGAUCGUGGUCAAAUCAUCAUCAGUCAGUGCAAGGGAUGUCAUGACUGUCAUGGGCCAGCUGCCUAGUACAGACAUUGGAUUCGCUGCGGCCGGUGUUGUACUCCAUUCAGGAUCCGCCGUCGGACAAUUCAAACCCGGCGAUCGGGUCGUUGUAUGCCAUUCCGGAGCACUCUGCACGGCUCUCACAGUCAAAGCAGACAGCUGUGUCCUACUACCCGAGGAUGUGACUUUCGAUGAGGCCGCGAUGAUGCCGCUCACUCACUGCACCGCAUGGUACGCUCUAAUGCAACGAGCACGGGUGCAAAAAGGCCAAUCCAUCCUCAUUCACACUGCCGCCGGAGGCGUCGGAGAGGCAGCCAUCCAGAUAGCGCAUCGCGUCGGGAUGGAAGUCAUGGCCACCGUCGAGUCCGAUGCGAUGAGGAAGAUUCUCCGCACCACCUACGAGAUCCCUGAUGACAAUAUCUUCGACGUGAAGGACUCCAGCUGUGUUUCCGGUGUGAAGCGGAUCACCAGGGGGCUUGGUGCUGACGUAGUUCUGAGCUCCGUCGCUGGCGAAGCAAUGCGCCAGGCAGGCCAAUGUCUUUCACCCUGGGGCACAUUCGUCGACAUCAGCGGCAACAAUACGCCGGAUAACACAUCCUUCGACAUGGGGUCAUUCCCUCGGAAUGCUUCAUUCACUACGGUCGACUUGCAGCGACUUGCCAAGCUUAGACCCGACAUCAUGCGAGACGUCAUGCGAGACUCGUUUGAGUUCUUGCGCGGAGACGAUGUUGAGAAACGCAUCGCUCAUGUCCCUGUAUUCCCAGCCUCCCAGGUCGAGAGUACGUUUCGGUCGGUGGCGACAGGGCAACACGGGAACGAAGCUGUGCUCUCCUUUUCCGACGAGCAAGUCGUGCCGUAUCUGAACCGACACGAGCUGACGUUGAACCUCGACCCUGAAGCUGCCUAUGUCCUGGUUGGUGGUUUCGGUGGUCUAGGCCGAGGCAUCGCCAAAAUGUUGGUCGACAUUGGUGCUCGCCGAUUAUGUUUCCUCUCGCGGUCAGGUGCGGAAUCCACCGGGGCGCAACAGGUUUCGCAAUAUUUGGAGAGCCGUGGCGUCCAGGUAUUGGCACAAGCCUGUGAUAUAGCCGAUCCGGAAUCUGUGCGAGAUGCUCUCGAGACGUGCUCUCAGCAACUCGGCCGCAUCCGCGGUGUGCUUCAAUGCGCCAUGGUAUUGAGAGACGCACUCUUCCGAAACAUGACGCACCGGGAAUGGACCGAGUCCAUACGACCCAAGGUACAAGGAACUUGGAAUCUACACCAGAAUCUUCCCGAAGUCGACUUCUUCGUUACACUGGGCUCCUUCACUACUAUUUUCGGGAACAGAGGUCAGGGUAAUUAUGUAGCCGGGUGUGCCUUCCAGGAUGCCGUCGCCCACUACCGGCGGGCGAAAGGCAUGCGAGCUGUCACCAUCGACGUCGGCGUGGUACGAAACGCGGGCGUUCUGGCUGAACAAGGCAUGACAAAUACUCUACGCGAUUUCGAAAUUCCAUACGGUCUUGACGAGCAUGAACUUCACAACAUUAUCAAGAUGGCAAUCGCUGGUAGCGAGUCCGGUACCGUCGCGCCGCAGAUGCUCACCGGCCUUGCGACUGGGGGCAGUGCCAUCGCCGCUGGUGUCGACGCAUGGUACCUCAGUGAUCCUAAGUUUGCAAUCAUGGAAAAGAUCGGGGCUGGGCAGGCGACCGGAAAGGCCCAGCAGCAAGACACGAGCGUACAUGCGCAGCUGUCCGCUGCCAAGUCUCCAGCGGAGGCCGCAACCAUCGUGUUGGAGGGCUUAAUGAGCCGCGUGGCUGAUGUCUUGCACACGGAUCCUUCAGAGAUUGAUGAACAUCGCUUCUUGCAUACGUACGGCAUAGACUCUCUGGUUUCUAUCCAGAUAGUGGACUGGGCCCUGAAAUCAUGCGAAUCGCGGAUCACGGUUCUGGAUGUCAUGGCUGCGGUGCCCAUCAAUGAAUCAGCCCGGAAAAUUGCUGCGAAAUCAUCGCUCGCGCCAAAGGUUAUUGAGGUGAAUUGA